CAGCACGGAGGGAAGCCGGCGGAUUUAAGGAAGCUCAUCUGGUCCAUGACUGUCACCGACGUUUCCCAAAUCCUUCUUUUGUCAGCGGAGACUCAGGUGUCUCAGUCCGAUCUGGUCCAGGGCUCCACCGGGCGAUGUCAGCCUCACCGCGGGUGAUGAGAGACCGACUGCUGCAGGCGAUUGACAGCCAGAGCAAUAUAUGCAACAUGAAGGUGGUCGUGGAAGUGAUCUCCUGUUUGGAGAGAUACCCUGUGAGCAAAGAGGUUCUGGAGGAAACCCGCCUCGGGAAGCUGAUUAACGACAUCCGUAAACAGACCAAGAACGAGGACCUUGCAAAAAGAGCCAAGAAGCUCCUCCGGAACUGGCAGAAACUAAUAGAGCCGGGGCAGGGGGGCUCGCUGCGCCAGGGACUCACUGAUGCAUCGUGGUCUUUCAACGGUAGCGCUCAUCCCUGCUCCACCCCCUCAGCAUCCCCCCCAGCUUUGUGUAAAACUGGGCCAAAGUUAAAGGCCCGAGGUGACUUCAACAACUGCUCUCCGACGCUUGAUCAGAUAAGCAACAGGAAACGAAGGUGCGACAAGAAAGGGGAUCAACUCUUACCUACAAAGAAGCCCAAAAUCACUCAUGUUGAAUCCACCCAACCGACAAUACAGCUGUCACCCAACGGAUUGAACAGAUGUUUUAAAACUGCUGCAAAUAUUCAACAACACCAAUUGACUAAACAUUUAGACAAUAACAAACCCAAUAAAGUCCCUGUUCAUGCUGUCAAACCUCAUCCCAGCGCCUCUUUAUACAGUAAGCCUCCCAGCACUCUUAUGCACCAGCAAGUUAGAUGCAAUAAACCCGCCCCUGGGGGGCAGCAUCAGCCCAGGAGUUCCAAUUUACUGCCGCUGCAGCGUCCUCAGAAUCUAAAGCAAGAAGCUGAAUUUAAAAAAAAUUAUCCUAAAGCACAGAAUAGUGCAGGUGUGAAUAAUGGGGCUGAGGAUGUCUCUGGACUGGGUGAUUCUACUCAGUCGUUCAGGGUUCAGACAGAGCAAUCAAGGGGGGUAAAUUUGUUAGCUGGAAGCAGGACUUCCAAUUCAUCAGGCCCUAAAUCUGGGUGUGGGUCUGUCGGUUUGGAUGAAGAUGAUGCUAUAAAUGACGCCUGGAAAAAGAAACGACAAAAAUACAGGGCUAAAGAAUAUGCCGUAAACCUAGAUAGACAAAUUACAGAAGACUGUAGUGGACCAGCAAGGAAAAAAGACAGAAGACUGACAUUUGAUCCAUUAACAGGACAAAUUAAACACACCUGCUUUAAGGAGACUUUGGGAAAAAAGGAAGGCUCUGAACUACAAUCAUCAGAACAGUUGAAGCCAAAUCCACCUGUUGCUCUGAGUCCAUUUCAGCAGGCGGACUGGAAAGAGGUGUCAAGGAGUGAAAUAUUCCACUCACACCUCACCCAAAAGAGCAAUAUCCUGUCCUCCUCUGGUGUCCACGCACCUGGUGCCCACUCCUUUACGACUGAGGUUUGUAAGAGAGUGGAUCAUCGGAAAAGCAUGGCCACAGAAACUCACAUUCUAGCAUCAGACUAUCCUGCCAAAGACUUGCCUGGAAUAAGCAGAGAAAUCAACAAAGACGACUUGAACCGAUUACAGAGGCAGCGUUGGUCCGGAGUUAACGGCUGCUACGACACCAAGGGUAACUGGUACGACUGGACAGAGUGCAUCUCUUUAGAUCCAGAUGGAGAUGAGAGCAGACUGAAUAUAUUGCCUUAUGUAUGUCUAGACUAAAACACGGUGAAGUGUUCAUUAACUCAUUUGAUCAAAUCUGAAGUUCACAUGUUGAAAUAUGUUUUUUUAUUAAAUAUUUUUGGUCUGUUGGAGCUUUGCUUCAUUAAGCUUUCAUUUUGUACU